GUGCAGCCUGGAUCGUGAGGAGCGGCGAUGGGGGGAAAAUUCCUACUCUGGCUUCUUUUUCUCCAAGAUCACCGUCAUUAACAUGUAGCCCGGUGCGCGUGAAAAGGACCCGGAGCGCUCUGUCGGAGAAUAUCCUUCUUAUUAUAGUUGUGAUUAAAAAACAAGAAAACAUUUUGGAUUAACAGCGGACUUGAUUUUGGACUAAUUUCUUUCCGCGCGUGUGUUAAUGUUGGACCGCAUUCUAACCUGAGUUUCUUCCCUCUGGAGUGGAAAAGUGCGCCAGCGUUAUUUCCAGCAACGCUCCAGCGUCGGUAUUUUUUUCUGUGUGAGGGGGGCUAUUUGGCUUUUGGAUGGAAUGCACCUUAUCCUAACGGGACACAGAGGAAUAUUGUCUGUGGUGGAGGGGGAAAAAGCAGCGGAUCUGGGGAUCCUGUCUUAACGGGGAAAGACUUUGGACCGGACCAACCUAUAACAAGUAUAUCUUCAAGAACCACUGCGUACUCCUGCUGCUGUACAUGGCCAUCCCCUCUAAGUGAUGGAAACUCCCAUCACGGACUGACCUGUCUACCUUCUGAGUAGUGGAGCUUAAAGAUGAUAUUGUUGCUUCUAUCUACUUCAUUGCAGUGUUUACUGGACGGACUUCUGUGAGGAAUAUUUUCCAUAUGGUGAGGAAUAUUUCCCCGAUUUUUCUUCAACUAGCUGAAGGAAACCUAUGGCUGCUACAUUUCCCCCAGAUGGUUUUACAAUGCCUGGAUUUUAAGAAGGAUCAUUAGCAACCCCCAACCUCUUCUGCUCCGGAGUUACCCCCCUUUACUUACGCCCGUGUGUGAAUGUAAUUUUAGUGUGAUUGUGUUCGCUUGUGUUUGCUUCUGCAUGGCGUAAGUGAGAGACAGAAAAAAAAAGAAAGGACAAAAGAGGAGGCAGUAAACAAGUUGAAAAACACGGAGUAGCAGCUAUGUCCCAGUGGAGGCACCAGUCAAGGACUGGGUGUCAGCUACUUCUGACUGCUAAGAGUGGGAGCAGGAUGAUGGGAUACAUAAGCCUUGAAGGUUCUUUGCUCAGUGGCCGGUGGGUGUCCUCUCUAAUAUGGCUUGGACUGCUGCUGCUACAGACGUCUCUGGCUGAGAAACUUGACGAGAACGACCCAGUUGUGACAACCGUGUAUGGCAGGCUGCGUGGUGUCAAGAAGGAGCUUAACAACGAGAUCCUGGGUCCCGUGGUGCAGUUUCUAGGAGUCCCGUACGCCUCUCCGCCCACCGGCGAGCGUCGCUUUCAGCCACCUGAGCCGCCGGCGUCGUGGCCGGAGAUCCGCAACGCCACACACUUUGCCCCGGUGUGCCCUCAGAGCAUCGUGGAGGGCCGCCUGCCUGACGUCAUGCUGCCGGUUUGGUUUACCAACAGCAUUGACGUUGUCUCCACGUACGUCCAGGACCAGAGCGAGGACUGCCUCUUUGUCAACAUCUACGUCCCCACUGAGGAUGGUCCCCUUACAAAGAAACACACUGAUGAUUUAGGUGAUAGUGACCGCACGGACGACGAAGACAUUAGGGAGAGUGGAAGCCCCAAGCCGGUGAUGGUUUUCAUCCAUGGGGGCUCCUACAUGGAAGGAACAGGGAAUAUGUUUGACGGCAGCAUCCUGGCCAGCUAUGGAAAUGUGAUUGUCAUGACUGUCAACUACCGGCUGGGCGUCCUAGGCUUCCUGAGUACAGGUGACCAGGCAGCCAAGGGGAAUUACGGUUUGCUGGACCAGAUCCAGGCUCUGCGUUGGACCAGUGAAAACAUUGCAGCCUUCGGCGGCGACCCGUUACGUAUCACCGUGUUUGGCUCUGGCGCCGGAGCUUCCUGUGUCAACCUGCUCACUCUGUCUCACUACUCCGAGGGAAACCGCUGGAGCAACUCCACCAAAGGACUGUUCCAGAGGGCCAUCGCCAUGAGUGGCACGGCUCUGUCCAGCUGGGCGGUCAGCUUUCAGCCAGCCAAGUACGCCCGGAUGCUGGCCCGUAAGGUGGGCUGUAACCUGGAGGACACUGUGGAGCUUGUGAGCUGCCUGCAGAGAAAACAUUACAAAGAGCUGGUGGAUCAAGACAUCCAGCCGGCUCGCUACCACAUCGCCUUUGGACCUGUCAUUGAUGGAGAUGUUAUACCUGAUGACCCGCAGAUACUCAUGGAGCAAGGUGAGUUCCUGAACUAUGAUAUUAUGCUGGGAGUAAACCAGGGCGAGGGCCUUAAGUUCGUGGAGCUUAUCGUGGACAACGAAAACGGCGUUCAGGCAAACGACUUUGACUACGCCGUGUCCAGUUUUGUGGAUGACCUCUAUGGCUACCCAGAGGGUAAAGACAUCCUCAGAGAGACCAUCAAGUUCAUGUACACAGACUGGGCCGACAGGCACAACCCAGAGACCCGCCGGAAAACACUGCUGGCCCUUUUCACCGACCACCAGUGGGUGGCGCCAGCUGUUGCCACAGCUGACCUGCACUCCAGCUUUGGAUCACCAACAUACUUCUAUGCCUUCUACCACCACUGUCAGACAGAACAGGUACCGCCGUGGGCAGACGCAGCACAUGGAGAUGAGAUUCCGUAUGUAUUUGGCCUACCGAUGAUCGGGCCAACAGAGCUGUUUCCCUGCAACUUCUCCAAGAACGACGUGAUGCUCAGCGCCGUGGUCAUGACCUACUGGACCAACUUCGCCAAAACAGGGGAUCCAAACCAACCUGUCCCCCAGGAUACUAAAUUCAUCCACACCAAGCCCAAUCGCUUUGAAGAGGUGGCAUGGACACGCUACAACCAGAAAGACCAGCUUUACCUCCACAUCGGCCUGAAGCCCCGCGUCAAAGAGCAUUACCGUGCCAAUAAGGUCAACUUGUGGUUGGAGCUGGUUCCUCAUCUGCACAGCCUCAAUGAUGUCACCCAGCUCAUCCCCACCACCACCAAGAUCCCUUCACCGGAGUCUACCAACCGCCCCCCGAAGACCAAGCCUAUGGUGACCAAGCGCCCCAACCCGACUCCGUUCCCAACCGAGACCCAGGACAGCCACAUCCAGCCACACCUGGUGGACCAGCGUGACUACUCCACCGAGCUGUCGGUGACCAUCGCUGUAGGAGCUUCCCUCCUCUUCCUCAACAUUCUCGCAUUCGCUGCGCUCUACUACAAGAAGGACAAGCGUCGGCACGACGUCCACAGGCGCUGCAGCCCCCAGCGGAGCGCCACCAACGACCUGGCUCACACCCAGGAGGAGGAGAUCAUGUCCCUGCAGAUGAAGCAGCACUCGGACCUGGACUGCAGGGGCGUGGGCGACUCCCUGCACCCGCACGACGUGGGGCUGAGGACUGCGUGUCCGCCAGACUACACUCUGGCCAUGAGACGCUCACCGGACGACAUCCCGCUCAUGACGCCAAACACCAUAACCAUGAUCCCGAGCACCAUGGGGGGGCUCACCUCGCUCCACUCUUUCAACACCUUCCCCAGCAGUGGGCAGAAUAACACCCUGCCCCAUCCGCACCCACACUCACAUUCCACAACCCGGGUAUAGCCCUGUGGAAGCACCCACGCAGGCAGGACUCUGACGGCUGAGCCAAAAACGCCAACUGCUGCAGCAGAGACUUAAGGGCGACAUGCUGACUACCGCAGAUAUGUCAGGAGCUGAAAAGCCAGCCUGGAGUUGCUGGGAACCAAUGGAAUUACACUGGGAUUUUACAACACCCUGUUAAUACCUGAGAGAAUAUAGUCAAAGGAUUUCUGGGGGUUUGGACCAGAGGAAAAAAAAAAAAAAUAAUGAUGUUUUUUUUAUAGAAAAAUAAAAGACGUACAGAAAAAAAACUACACAUAAGGAGUCGAAGAAAAACAACCUCACAAGCUAAAACAAAAAGGAGGAUAUUUUUUUUGUAUUGUUAUUUUUCGUUCUGAUAUUUCAGCAAAACAAGGUACAGUUAACUACUUUUUCUUCUAGCGACAGAUAUGGCCUUCGAGGCUUUUUGACAAAUGACUGCUUGACAGUAUUAUCUGGGAGCAGAACAGAGCAUCAGACACGCCUCGGAGGGAAGAAGAGGGGAGCGCUUUGUAAAAGAAAGAAAACACAGUGUUUUUCCUUCGGCGUCGCGCAGCAGAUUACUCUGUUUGCGGGGCGCGGAGUAGAUGAGGUGAAAACCAAUUUAGGCAUGUGUUAACUUCAUAAAUGGAGGCUAUGUAAGAUAAAACAAUUGUUGAAGACAACAAAGGAAGGACUGGGAACUCGGAGGAACAAAAUAAAUCCUAUAUGCACAAUGGAACCAUUUUGAGGGGGAGAAGAUGUCACAGAUACUUUUCCGCCAUUUAUUUUUAAAGAAUGGGAACAAUUUUAUUGUAUAGAACCUAUUUACAUAUCUAGAUCUGUACACUAAGCACCAGGCUGUUUAAGCCCUCUUCUCUUAGGUGGGGGGUGGGCGUCUAUACUGCAAACCUGCCAGCAGGACUGAACCAGUGGGAAUCGGGGAUCCACCUACUGGCUUCCUGGCAGUUCCAACUUCAACACAGAGAGCUGGGGGACAAAGGAUAAUUGGAUAUUUUAGCACGAUGCGCAUGACAAUUUAUCUGCUUGAUGGCUGCUCUGCUGAUUAUGUCAUUAUUAAGAAUAAUUUUCACCCUCUACCUUGCAUUGGAGCUAUUUCUGACGGAUUUCCUGAUUGGAUUACAGGAAAACAAAGA